AUGAGUUCCAGUCAGCCCGGGGCCUGCCCAUGCCAGGGUGCUGCAGGCCGCUCGAUCAUCCUGUAUGCACUCCUGAGCCCCAGCCUCAGGACCAGGCCCUCUGUCUCCCCACCUGGUGCUCGCUGCCUCUGCAGGCAGCACAGACCCGUCUGCCUGAGGACUCCUAAUCGUACCUGCCGGGAGGCCUUGGAUGUCCUGGCCAAGAUGGUGGCCUUCCUCAGGAACCUGCCAUCCUUCUGCCAGCUGCUCCCCCAAGAUCAGCGGUGGCUACUGCGAGACUGCUGGGGCCCCCUGUUCCUGCUUGGGCUAGCCCAAGACACUGUGACCUUUGAGGUGGCUGAGGUACCAGUGCCCAGCAUACUCAAGAAGAUCCUGCUGGAGGAGCCCAGUGGCAGUGGUACCAGCGGUCAGUUGUCUGACAGGCCCCAGCCCUCACUGGCUGCAGUGCAGUGGCUUCAGUGCUGCUUAGAGUCCUUCUGGAGCCUGGAACUGGGCCCCAAAGAAUAUGCCUACUUGAAAGGGACCAUCCUUUUCAACCCUGACGUGCCAGGCCUCCAUGCUUCCUCCCACAUUGGGUACCUUCAGCAGGAGGCUCACCAGGCGCUGUGUGAGGUUCUGGAGCCUUGGUGGCCAACAGGUCAAGGCCGAUUGACCCACAUCCUUCUCAUGGCCUCCACCCUCAAAUCCAUUCCACCCGGCCUGCUUGGGGACCUCUUCUUCCGCCCUAUCAUUGGAGACAUCAACAUCAGUGGCCUUCUUGAGGACAUGCUUUUGCUGAACUAA